AUGUCAGACUUUAUGCUUGAUGAAAAUCCCUACCCAAACGGAAUCGUCGAUGAAUUGCAACCGAGCAACCCUCCCGUUCAGCCACUUCCAACCUUUCAGAUCGAUCCAGACUACAACCUAUCUGGAUUUGGCAAUCAGGUGCAAACGAGCAUUUUCCCUCUCGAUAUAGAAGCACCAAUAAACCCUUUCCCACUGGCGGCACAAGGGUACCCUCUCGCUCCGGCGGCACAAACGAACCCUAUCGCUCUAGAAUCGCAAACGAAUCCUCCCGCGCCGCUAUUAAACGCCCUUCAUUUCGCAACCCUGCUACACAUGCCUAUGCAUAUCUUGGAACUCAUUGCUAAGCAGCCUGUGAAUGAUCCUAUUCGAGACCUUGGUACACUUUACACAGCAAUCCAACAAAUCCAUGAGUGGAGUACGCAGUCAUCCCUCCCCUUAGGUUUCAAAUAUCCACAUAUUUCUAGUCCGGAGGAAUCACCAGAGAGGCAAAAAUGUGUCGAAUACGAUAACCAGCGUUGCAUUGUCACUGGCCAUAAGAUCAAGACAUCCUGUCACGUUAUUCCCCUUUCUCGAAGGUCUCUGCCUGGGGGAGCAGGCCAUCGACUUGAAAACAUACGUUCAAUCAUGGAAUACCUUGUCGGGUUCUCGCAUCUAUCAAGAGACGUGGAAAGCCAGGAACUCUUGGGGAUGUUGGCAGCGGAAGUUGACAUACCAAAAAUGUACUGGAAUUUGAUCACUCUGACCCCCGGUAUCGCGAACAUGUGGGAAAGGGGCAUGUUUGCAUUCAGAUGGCUGCACCACACGCGAAUCGUUGCCGACCCUUGGAGUCAUAUCGGAAAAGUCCGUAUCACACUGGAAUUCGUGUGGAUGCCCUUCAACACAAGCAGAUGGCGACUCGCUCCUUUCGACCUCAACGCAGCCCAAGGUUUAUAG